AUGACCCCCCAAGCAACAACUAUUGAAAAGCAGGAAAAAUUAUUGGAAAAUGCUCUUUCAGUUGUUAAAAUGCAAGCUUUUCAAAUGAAAAAAUGUUUAAAUAAAAAUAAAUUAAGGGAGGGAUUAAAAUAUGCUUCAACUUUAUUGGGAGAAUUAAAAACAUCAUUACUUACCCCGAAAAGUUAUUAUGAACUUUACAUGGCUAUAACUGAUGAAUUACGACAUUUGGAGUCUUAUUUAUUAGAAGAAUUUCAGAAAGGAAGAAAAGUUGCCGAUUUAUAUGAAUUAGUGCAAUAUGCUGGAAAUAUAGUUCCAAGACUGUAUUUAUUAAUCACUGUCGGUUUAGUUUAUAUAAAAACCAAUUCAUGUUUAAAAAGAGAUAUAUUAAAAGAUUUAGUCGAAAUGUGUCCAGGUGUUCAGCAUCCAUUACGAGGAUUAUUUCUUAGAAAUUAUUUGCUACAAUGUACUAGAAAUGUUUUACCAGAUGUUUUGGAAAAUGAAAAUGAAGCAGAAGGAACUGUACACGAUUCUGUCGAAUUUGUUUUAAUGAAUUUUGCCGAAAUGAACAAGUUAUGGGUUAGAAUGCAACAUCAGGGACAUUCAAGAGAUCGUGAACGUCGUGAAAAAGAAAGAGAAGAAUUGAGAAUAUUAGUCGGAACGAAUUUAGUUAGAUUGAGCGAAUUGGAAAGUGUUAAUUUUGAAGAAUAUCAAAAAACCGUUUUACCUGGUAUAUUGGAACAAGUUGUUAGUUGUAGAGAUGCAGUCGCUCAAGAAUAUUUAAUGGAAUGCAUUAUUCAGGUUUUCCCCGAUGAGUUUCAUUUGCAGUCAUUGCAACCAUUUUUGAAAUCUUGUGCUGAACUUCAGAGUGGUGUCAAUGUUAAAAACAUCAUAAUUUCAUUAAUAGACAGACUUGCUACAUUCACACAAAAAUCAGAUCCUGCUACGAUAGCUCAAGUUGAACUUUUUGAAGUUUUUAGCGAGCAAAUAUCAAGUAUCAUUCAGUUUCGCAGCGAAAUGUCAAACGAGGAUAUAAUUUCAUUAGAAAUCUCAUUAAUUAAUCUUGUAAAUAAAUGUUAUCCGGACAAAAUAGAUUAUGUCGACACGGUUUUGGGAAACAUAAAUGAAAUAUUUACAAAGAAUGGAAUAGAAAAAAUAGAUUAUAAUUCGACUCUGUCACGAGAAUUGACUCGUCUCAUGAAAAUCCCGGUCGAUUUUUAUAAAAAUAUAUUAACCGUUUUAAAAUUAAAAAAUUACUGUCCAUUACUCGAACAUUUUGAUUAUUUAGGCGAGAAAUCAUUAGCCGUAUACAUUGUUACAAAUAUAUUAGAUAAUGAUACGUAUAUAACAACUCCAGAAUCUGUCGAUUCGGUUUUAUCAAUGCUUUCAUCCCUGAUUCAAAGUCAAAACGAUCAAACCGACGUGGAAGAUGAUCCCGAAGAUUUUGACGAAGAACAAGGAUUGUUGGGAAGAUUAAUACAUCGUUUGAAAUCGGAUAUUCCCGACAAACAAUAUUUAAUAUUGAACACGGCAAGAAAACAUUUCAAUACGGUGGACGAAAUGUGGGAGAAAAAAUGUGGGAAAAUAUUUCAAUUUUGUCAUCAAAGUGUUUCUGCUCUAUUGAAAGCCGAACUCGCCGAACUUCCUCUAAGACUUUUCCUUCAGGGAGCUUUGACAGCCGGUCGAAUACCCUUUCAAAAUCACGAUACGGUGGCCUACGAAUUUGUGUCACAGGCAUUUUCAAUAUACGAAGAUGAAAUAUCGGAUUCGAAAGCUCAACUCGCGGCUAUGACUUUGAUGGUUGGCACGUUCGAACAAUUGUCCUGUUGGACAGAAGAAAAUGCGGAACCCGUUCGGACUCAGUGUGCGUUGGCCGCGAGUAAAUUAUUAAAAAAACCCGAUCAGUGUCGUGGAGUUGCCACUUGCGCUCAUUUAUUUUGGAGUGGGAAAAAACUAAACGGGGAAGAAAUGAGGGAUGGUAAAAGAGUCGUGGAAUGUUUGAAAAAGGGCGUUCGUAUUGCCAGUCAAUGUAUGGAUAUAUCCGUUCAAGUACAAUUAUUUGUCGAAUUGCUUAAUCAUUACAUUUAUUUUUACGAAAAGGGAAACGAUCAGAUCAAAAUUGCAAUGCUUAAUCAAGUGAUUGCAAAAAUACAAGAAGAAUUACCAAAUUUAGAAGCAUCGGAGGAAACGGAACAAAUCAGUAAUCAUUUUAAUAAUACAAUAUCACGAUUGAAAAGUCGAAUGGACAGUCCAGAAAGUGAAGGUUUAUGUUACAAAGAACUUGUUAUAUGA